AUGGUUCGGGCAUUCUUCCUAUAUGGUCACAGAGGUACUGGCAAAACGUACCUCUAUAAUGUCAUUACAGCAAGACUCAGGAGUUUGGGGAAGAUAGUUGUACUGGUUGCAUCAUCGGGCAUAGCAGCAACACUACUUCCGAAAGCAACCACUGCACAUUCAAGGUUCAAAAUUCUUCUGAUUCUAGAUGCAACAUCGACAUGUCCUAUUAAACACGGAACAAAUCUAGCUGACCUGUUAAAAGAAGCAUCCUUAAUCAUUUGGGAUGAAGCACCAAUGACCCAUCGGCAGGCUUUCGAGGCAGUAGAUCGCAGCUUGUGCGACAUAUUGAAUGUUCCACUGAAUGGACAUCAUUAUAAACCUUUUGGAGGGAAGACAGUUCUCUUUGGUGGAGAUUUUCGCCAAACACUCCCAGUUAUAACUGAUGCUGGACGUGAACAAACGAUUGAUGGCUCAUUAACUAGGUCCAAGCUAUGGAAUACUUUUAAAGUGAUGUGCCUAUCGACAAACAUGCGCAUAACAGCGGUCCACUCUGCUGAUCAACAACUAAUGCAUGGAUAUACGUUUCCAGAUUGGGUCCUUGCUUUAGGAGAUGGAAGACUUAGAGCAAGAUCGUUCAGAGAAGAUGGGCCACUAGAUUGGAUACAAAUUCCACCACUGUUCCUAAUUGAUCCCGGGGAUGACUCUGUCCAGUCAAUCGCAGAUGAUAUAUAUGAUUUGUUUCCCGACAGUCACAGGGAUCCAGCAUACCUAACCAGCAGAGCAAUAGUGACGCCAACGAAUGCGACAGUCUCUAGAAUCAACGACUAUAUGCUGCAAAGGGUACCAGGCAAUUCUAAAACAUAUUAUAGUUCAGAUUCAUUGCAGUUAUCAACAGAAACAGCGGAUUCGUUUGACGAAAGCUAUCCAACAGAGUUCCUCAACACUCUCAUAUUCAAUGGAGUUCCAGAACACGAGCUUACAUUAAAGGUAUGCACACCAGUUAUGCUCUUGCGCAACUUAAAUCCUGCCCUUGGUUUAUGCAACGGCACAAGGAUCAUGAUCACAACAUUACGGGACAAUUUUAUAAAAGGCAACGUCAUGGGCGGUUCCUACGACACUGACGAAGUCAUUAUACCAAGACUAGUACUCAAUGUAGAGAACUCCAAGUGGCCCUUCAUACUCAGGAGGAGGCAGUUCCCGGUACGCUUAUGUUACGCGAUGACUAUAAACAAAAGCCAAGGAAAAACGCUUGAAAAAGUUGGGAUUUAUUUGCCUGAACCCGUAUUUAGCCACGGCCAGCUGUAUGUGGGAGUUUCAAGAGUAAAAUCAGCGAGAGGUUUGAGGAUUCUUAUACAAAACCCAGCAGAAAUACCCUACGAUUUUACAAGGAACAUAGUCUUCACCGAGGCCUUUGCUGAUAUUAUGAGCACCUAA